AUGGCCGCACGUCACUACACCAUCAUCUCACAGGGCGACGACGUGGAGGACCUGCUGCCGCCGGCCGGGGCCAACCCGGUGCGCGAGCCACUGUCGCUGCCACUGGUGGUGGUCGGCACGGCGCGCGGCACCGGCACCACUCCAGCGCCCGUUACCACCACUAAGGCGACGACGACGACGAAGCCGACCACCACGAUCACCACCACGACCACCACCACUACUCCAGCCACGACCACCACGACCACCACAACCACCACCACGACCACUGUUCCAACGACUACUUCAACCACCACAACGACCACUACCACUCCUGCCACUACCACCACAACCACCACCAUCACCACCACCACGACUGCAGCCACCACCAGCGCGCCCGUCACCGCGAGCAACAGCGUGGUGGCGGGCGGCGCGACCACCCGGCUGUCGCACUGGGCAGGGUCGGGCGGGGACCUAGCGCCAGCGCUCUCAGGGCUGGUGAGCGCCACCAGCCGGCCGGUGGCGGUGGCGCCGCACGGCGCCGGCGGCCAGACGCCCUCCCCCGAUCUCGGCCACCAUCACCACCGCGGUUGGCUGCAUGCACUGACUUCCGAUCCAGCCUUCGUGCCUGCCGCCAUCGUCGCCAUAAUCGUGCUGGUGCUGGCUGCAAUGGCGGCGGUGCACGCCCUCAAGCGACGUUCUGACAGGCGGGAGCGCAGGAAAAACAUCGGGCAGAUGGCCCAGGACCUCCAGUCGGGGGACAAAGUGAUGCUGAUGAGCUCCGACGAGGACUGAGCACCGCGGACACAGGAGCAGACUGACGGAGCACAGCCAGGGAUCCGCGCGGCCGCGGUCUGUCGCAUCCCCGCUCAGGCGCCCGCUCGCCCAGCGUCAGCACCAAACAGUGCCGCGUAUGUCAAGAGCGUGGUGGCCGCAGCACCGCACAGCCCCGCCUCGCCGCCAUGCGCAGGCUCUGAGACUGUGCGAAGCGUGCAGCCGCGCAAGCCGUGCUGUGUCCGCACGCGCGACAGGACAGUCGCCAGUGACCGCAGUCUUACGCGCAUUCAGCCGCCGGCGGGACGCACGGCCGGAGCGGCGUUUUGUGGCGCGGCGAUCUCCCCGCCGCCGUGGCGUGUCUGGCGCGGCGAUCGCUCCCGCCGCCGUGACGUGUCCGGACGGCCACUGGGGCCGCCGAGUGUGAGAAAAAGUCCAACUGUCGGACCGACGACAGGACACGCCGGCGGGACAGCGGAGCGUGUCGCGGCGGGCGGGGCGGGCUCUGGCCGCCGACUGACCACCCCAGGUCUCCGUCGAAUGGUGCUCUCAAGGCGUACUGGUCACCGCCUCAUGCGGCGGAACUAUUUCGGUGAUAAGGCGUCUCGGUUGUCACGGUAGUCACCGCUCUGUGCAGCGGAACGUUUUUGGCGACCGAGUAUCGCCGCAGCUGCGACAGCGCGCAGCCCCACCGCGUUGCGCUGUGCCGAUGACUCAUCCGCAAUGCCACACGUUCCCUUAUUUUCAGAUCGAUCCCAGCUUGACCUUGAGGUCUUCCAGUGUCCGAUGCUAUCCGCAUGUUGCAUAUGCU